AUGUUCUUAAGAGGAAGAAUCUGGCUUUGGUUAUAUGUCAGAACAGGUAUCAUUCUAGGAAGUGAGCUAAAUAGCCCAGAGCAACGUGGUAAAAAUAAUUGUUAUCAGCUUAACAAGUUUCACUGUAGCUUUGAGGAAGCAGAAAACUGCUGUGUCCAGGGAGGACACUUUGCUUACACUUGGAACCAGGAAGUUCGGGAUCUUUUCUGGGACUUUCUAGAAGAGAGGAGUAAGUGGUGGAUUGGACAAAAUCUCAUGCUGCUGGGAAAACAUCAAGAAGAAAAACAACCAACAGAUGUCGCGGCCAGCAGGGUCACAAAGCCCACCAGAUGCACUUACAUGUCCAGAAACUCCAACUGGAUCUCAUCAACAGUGCACUUGGGCUCACUGGGGCAUUCUUUCAGUUGCCAGGCUGGUACCCUGAAUCCAUUCAGUGCUUGGGCUUCAGAAGGAAGACGAGAAAAGCUAAAGGAGGAAAAUAGAGUUGCAGAUGAGCCAGCAGGGAGUUUGAACAAAGUGAUUCAUGGUUUGCAAAGUCACAGCAAACUACGGAGAGCUUGUGAGGUGCUCCAGAAACUGACGGCCUUUAUGCCAGAAUUUUCUAAGUCAGCUCAAUCCCUCAACACUGUGAUGGAAGCUGCUGGAGCAAGUCCACAGAGGUCCAAGCAUGCCAUUGAGCAGGUAGAAAAUAUGCUGGAAAUGGCCUUGCUGGCCCUUGGGAAGAUCAAGGAAACAUUUCUACAGCAGAACCAGUUUUCUGAGUCUUUAGUGACUUUGACCUCUAUCAUUGCUUCUCUGAUGCUGAGCAGCCAAAACAUGUCAAUCUGGCCCCUGAGCUCCUAUACUCUAGGGUCCCCAGCAGCUGUGAGGUUAGGCUUUCCAAGGGCUUCAGCUUUGGAAGAGCUCUUGAACAGACAACCAGGAUUUAAUGUUCAAGUGAGUGUCAAAUUGAUUCUGACCCAAAUGGAGUUGGGAUUGAUGGCUACAGGUAAUAGGACUAGCUUCAGUUCCUUCAGGGAUUUUGAUGACAAGAACAUUGUUGGAAGUAUCAAAAGUGUGUUGCUAAGCUCUAAUCAUAAAUUUUUCCAAGUCCAUGAUUUAGUGGAAGAUAUUGAGAUCAUGCUGUGGAGAAAUGUUAGCGUGGAAAUCUAUCCCACCAGCAUCAACAUGAGCUCAGACCAUUUUGUUAUGACAGUGAGCAUCACUUCCCUGGAGAAAUCCCUGAUCGUGUGCAUAGAACCUGAAAGUCCCCUUUUAAUGACGCUCUACCUGGGGUUCCAGUAUCAGCCUAACCACACCCACUUCAACCUGAACAUCACCCUUCCAAAGAAUCAGGUAUGGCAAAUAGAUGAGGAAUGUACAGGGGUGCUGGCUCCAGAGAGUCUGCAGUAUGGGAGCAGCGCCUACUACACAACAGCUGUGCUGAAUAAAAGCCAGUAGAGUGCCCAGCGCACACCCACCCUGCUCUAGGCGGCAACUGCCGUCACUCGCUGUCAUUUCUGGGACAGCCACAACAGCACGUGGGAGACCAUAGCGUGCCAAGUUGGGCCACAGAGUACAGUUUUGAGGACACAGUAACUGCCUGAGGUCUGUAACCACCUGACCUACUUUGGCAGCGACUUCUUCAUUGUGCCCCGGAUGGUGAACAUUGAAGACACUAUCAAGCUGCUCCUUCGUGUGACCAGCAACCCUGCUGGGGUGUCAUUGCUAGCCAGCCUUUUAGGAUUCAAAAGGCUCACCUUUGUGCGGGCUUGGAGGAAGGAUCAAACAUACAUGCAGAAGGUGAAGGUCACUGUCCUGGCUGAUAAUGACCCCAGCUCGUUUCACUACCUCCUGCAGGUCUCCACUGGCUAUCGAAGAAGGGCCGCCAUGCCAGCUAAGCUUAACGAAAUGAAUGUGGUUAUCACCCUCUAUGGAUCAGAGGGGCAGAGGGAGACCCAUCACCUUUGUGACCCCGAGAAGGCAGUCUUUCGUGAGCCAGAGCGUCUGGAUAUCUUCCUCCUCAGUACUCAGUCCUCUUGAGGGGAACUGCACAGCCUGUGGUUCUGGCAUGACGAUUCGGGGGCCAGCCCUUCUCGGUAUGGAAACCGGGUAAUUGCCAGUGACGUGGCAGGUAAAAGGAAAUGGCACUUCCUGUCCAACUGUUGGCUGGCCAUGGACCUUGGAGAGAGUGAGCAUGACUGGGUCUUCAAACCAGUCUCAGAGAAAGAACUCUUUUCCUUUAGACACCUGUUUUCCUCCAUGAUUGUAGGAAAGCUCACCCAGGAUCAUCUGUGGCUUGGGAACCAGUUUACAAGAGUCCAGAGGCUCUCUUGCUGCAUGACCUUGCUUCUGUGCGACAUGGUCGUCAACGUCAUGUUCUGGAGGAAAACUGGCACCACUGCCCAGAGAGAUGAGCAAGGUAUGGGUGAGCCCGAUGUUGGGUCCAUUGCUAUGACCUGGUCCCAACUGUUCAUCAGCAUCCAAACCGCUGUCUUCCUCUUCCCUGUCAGUCUCAUAAUCGGGAGGCUCUUCCUGCUGAUCUAGCCUCAGGAACCCCUGCCUCUUUUUCCUUCCAACCAGGCUUCCUGCCUCUCAGAAGCUCCUUGUGAGCCUCUGUCUCACAGAGGGUCCAAAUGCCUCACAGGAGUGUCCUCUUUAAACCCCUGGCCAGGUUGGGAAUUAAAGGAGACUGUGGGAUUCCUACUCUGGAGAAUUAUGUACCUACUCUCAGAGUUGGAACAACCUUUAUGGAGUCCUUCCAACAUUAACAAGCAGGUGAAGCUUUUACCCAGCCUCCUCUGUUCUCACAUAGCAGGUCACGGCUCUCAUCAGCGGGCAGGACCCCAUUGGAUAAACGUGGUUCCUGAAGGCCAGCAUCAUUUCUGUCAUUACCUGCUCAGAGUUCUGCAGAGGCUUCAAUCUCACUUAAGCGCACUGGGUCCCACUCAGGCUGACCGGCCUUGUGACAUCCUAGAUGCCACCAGUCAACUGCAAGAACUCCAGGAGCUCUUGGAAAUACAUAUUCUUCCAACAGAACAGGGGCCAUUCAGAGAGGCAACCAGUUCCCCCCUCCUGAGCCCGGAAGAAGGGAAGAAGCCUAUCGUUAAUGGCCUGCCCCGAUGGUUGACUUGCAUCUCCUGGCUCCCUCUGGGUGUCACUAGCCCAGCUGCAGCCUUUUUUACUGCAUUUUAUAGUCUGGAACUGAACAAAGACCAGGCCACCAACUGGGUUAUUUCAGUGAUAUUAUCAGUGCUUCAGAACAUCUUCAUCAGCCAGCUAGUAAAGGCGAUCGUCCUCACAUUGUCCAUCUCACUGAUGCGGAACAGGAUGCCGUGUCUUACCAAAGAGAAGGAACAACAAACAAGGAGGAUCUUGGCACUCUUGGCAAAAUGUUCACCAUUACCUGGUUCGAGAGAUAAGAAUAACCCCGUCUAUACAGCUCCAGCUUUCCACAGCCCGGGUAAGUGACCAGAAAGAACCUUGAAAGAGAAGAAACAUUUCAAGCUGACAGGAGAUAUUUUGGUACAAAUCCUCUUCCACAUCUUGUUGAUGACUGCAGUCUACUCAGCACAGAACUCCAGUAGGUUUUACCUCCAUCAAGCUAUUUGGAAGAGGUUUUCCCACCGUUUCUCAGAGAUCAGACUUCUUAAGCAUUUCUACCCACAGGCCACUCACCUUCCUAACCUUUAUGGGGAUUACAGAGGUAUGGACACAGUCCUGGGGCCCCACUUCUGGGAUGCUUCUUGUUCAAAAUUUUCUACCAGUGACCAACACUUUGUCCUACCUUUCUGUCCUAAAACAAGUGAAGCCAUCUCACAAGAUCAGGAGGAUACAGAGAACUGUGGAGUCAACGGGGGCUUCCCUGAUAGGAACAUCACAAAGUCAGACAGCAUUUGGCGUUAUCAGGAUCAAGAGAUACUGGGUGGCUAUCCUAUCCAAGGGGAAUUUGCCAUUUACUCAGGAGGAGGGUAUGUUGUGAGACUUGGAAGAAGUUCCAGUACUGCAGCCAGAGUUUUGCAGCAUCUUGAACAGAGCCACUGGCUUGACCAUUGCACCAAAAGCCUCUUUGUGCAAUUUGUGGUCUUCACUGCUAAUGUGAACCUGUUGUGUGCAGGGACCCUGAUUUUGGAGUCCAACAACAUGGGUGCCUUCUUCACCUCUCUGAGGCUGGAUUUAAGUUCCCUUCAGGCAUCCAAGAGACUUUGGUCUGUUAUCUCACAAGUCCUCUGUUAUCUCCUAGUCUGUUACUACACCUUCGUACAGGGUCAUUGGCUGAAACAGCAGAGGUGGCGGUUCUUCACUAGGAAAAGAAACAUCCUGGACACGAGCAUAAGCCUCAUUAGUGUCAUCCUGGGUCUUGACAUGAAGCUUACUUCUCUGCAUAAGAAAAACAUAGCACAAUACCACUAUGACCGUAACAGGUUCAUCAGCUUCCAUGAGGCAAUAAAAGUAAACUCAGCAGUCGUUCACCUCAUGGGCUUCCUGGUUCUACAGGCAACUGUUCAGCUGUGGAACCUGCUGGAUCCUAACCCCAGGCUGCAGGUCGUCAGUAGAGCACCCAGCAAAGCCUGGGACAGCUUCCUGCUAUUCAUCCUGAUCCUGCUGACAGGCUAUGCCAUUGCUUUUAACCUGCUGUUUGGAUGGAGCAUCUGGGACUACCAAACUUUUUUCAGCUCAGCAGUGACUGCUGUUGGUCUCAAGAUGGGAAUCUCUCAUCACAAGGAGGUUGUUGUUUUAGAGCCAAUCCUGGGUUCUUUUCUGAUCCUCACCAGUGUCAUCUUGAUAGUACUUGUGAUCAUUAACCUUUUUGUUGUCAUCCUCAUGGCCUUUGGUAAAGAAAGUCCCUUAAGACUCUAA